AUGGCCGUCAAACUAGAAGGAGUUAUUUGGUUCAGCUCUUUAUUUCUUCGUUUUCUUUGGGUUUUCUCUCCCCAGACUGGAUACAUACACCCUGAUGAGUUCUUUCAAUCACCAGAAAUUGUUGCUGGKGAUGUGUUUGGAUUUCAAACUUUGCGAACUUGGGAAUUUAACGAAACUUUGCCCAUCAGGAGUAUUUUGSCGCCUCAUAUAUUCAUUGGACUACCAUUCAAAGCCCUUCURAAGCUACAAACUUUGAUGGGGUCGCCAUGGAAAUCAUAUACAAGGGUAUUAGUCGUUGCUCCGAGGCUUGCGUUUUGUUUUCUUUCAACACUGAUAGAYUUUUGUGCKUUCAAGAUUGCUUGCCUGCUUGGAGUGGACCCUGCCCCCAUACUUGCAGUUCUAGGGACUUCAUAUGUAACUCUUGUCUUUAACACAAGACCAUUUUCUAAUACUUUGGAAAGYGUUUUAUUUGCCUUAGUCUUAUGGUUCCUUGCUGUACACAUAUCUCCAAAGGAUAAGAUUAAAGCAACAUUAGUAAAUAUCGGAAUUGGAAUGGUAAUAGUUGCUGGAAUUUGGAACAGACCAACAUUCUUGGCAUAUGUUCUUGUGCCUUCAUUGACUUGGUGCUAUGUUUUUUUUAGAGACAAUCAAAUAUCUUGKAUAUCCAUUGGGAAGUUUUUUGAAGAUGCUUUMUUUGUUGGUUUUGGAGCAAUUUCCACAGCUYUCAUGUUUAUCAWUGCAGAUUCUUUAUAUUUUGGACRUUUURCAGUUACUCCAAUUAAUUUUAUCAAGUAYAACUUAGAUUCUUCACAUCUUAAAGAACAUGGAUUACAUCCAAGGUUUACCCAUUUUCUUGUAAAUGUACCAUUAUUGUUUGGUGUAUUGGCAGUGCUGUUUUAUUUUCAUAUUGCCAUUGCAGCAUGYACACAAAAUCUACAUGGUUUGAGAUAUUUCAUAWGUCAAAACAUCAAAAAUCUGAAGACUAGUCAAGAUACAGAAAAGAUGACACUAUCAGCUUCAAAGCUACUUUUUUGUAMARUUUUGACACUUAGUGCUAUUGUGCCUGUUGGCCUAYUGUCACUAAUUCCACACCAAGAGCCACGGUUUUUGAUACCCAUAUUAACACCAUUAGCUAUWCUCUUUGSKCAUUUCAUAAUUGGGYCCAAACAGUCCUCCUUUGUAACCCUUUCAUGGUUUAUCUGGAAUGUGAUUGGUUGUUUACUAUUUGGGGUAUUACAUCAAGGAGGGAUGUACUCUUGCUUACAACAUCUUCAAGCAAAUUUAUCACGGGAGUCCUCAGGGGAAAGAAUUGUUACUCAUCAUAUAGUGUUUAGUAAUACAUACAUGCCUCCUAGACAUUUACUAGCAUGGCCUGCUUGUAGUGAUAAGAAUUGCCCUGUGACAAACAGACUUAUAGUGCAUGAUCUUGGUGGACAAACAAAAGAGGAACUGUCUUCUUGGUUGAACCAGUUGGUUCUUCAGAACAAGAUAAGCAACAACAGAGUCCAUCAGGUGUUUCUGGUUUGUCCUUCAACUCUUUAUUUCCACCAUCCUGACUUCUAUAAAGUAAAAGAGUUUUUCCCUCACCUUACCUUAGAAGACCCUCCAAACAUUGCAUCUUUAUUUGAGUUUGGUAAUAAUUGCAAAGAGAAAGGAAAGGACAGCAAAAAGUGCUUACAAACUGAUGAAAGGCAGAGCUAUUGGUUGUUUUUGUCAAGUUGGCUGAAGUCAAAUUUGUCAUUAUACCUCUAUGAGUAUAAAAGUCAAGAGGAUAACAUGAAAACUCCUAACACUAUGAAAUAAAUAGUGAAACCUUGUUGUUUGUCAUUGCAGUAAU